AUGGGUACCCUUAAAACCUUUGGAGUACUCCUGUUUGCCCUAUUGCUGAGUAGUAGUCAAUGCUAUUACUUGAGUCAUACGAUAAAUAGCAUUGAUAAUGCAAAGCUUGCAACAAGAGAAAAUCAUCCUAUACACAAGGUGGGUUCUGAAAAGGAUAAAGGUGGUAUAGUGAUUGCGGAUAAGGCAGAAUAUAGAAUAACAGAUAUAGAGGAUAAAAAUGAGAGAAUUACAGUUAUAGUAGAGAAUUGGAGUAGUAUAGUUGUAUACGUAGUAUUUAUUACAACCGCGUUUGCUUUGACAGUCUUAUCUAUAAGCAGAGUAAUUGAAGAUAAAAUAGAAAAUGCACAAGAUGCAUUUCUAAAAAAUGCAUACAAUAUGUGUUUUAAACAAAUCGCAUUAAUCAGUGUCAUUAAUUUGGUUUUAUGGCUAACUUUACAAACAAGGAUUGCCAAAAAAUUGGACAGUAUAUUUGUAAAAGAGGUUCUGGAAAAGGGACAUUUAGACAAGGAUGUAUCCAUUGUGGAGCCUAUAUUUGAAAGUUUGCUUUCUAUCUCCAUCAUGCUACUUGCAUGGUAUAUAGUAUACGCAAUAUAUUUUCAAUUUGUUGUGAGGAGAUUAAUAGCUUGGAUGAGGAUAACUGAUAACUCAGAUGUCUUAACACUAUCUAAGGAGAUUGAAUUUUUGGAAAGAAGGUGCUUUUCACCUAUAUUCCAUAAGCAUACCUUUGACAAGGGAAACUUCAUCGCAAAUAGAUACGAGUUUAUCGAUAAUAUAAAUAGUAUGAGUAUACCAAGGGUGGAUCCAGGAGGCUAUUAUUUUAUGGAGUAUUUAAGAGCCAACAUGUUUGAUCUUUCGGUUAACAUGCUCAAGUUUCCCCUUGAAGCGUUGUUUAUAGUUAUGAUAUCCGCAUUAAUUUUCAAGAAAACUUUUACUUUUAAAGGAAGAAAUGAAGUUGUUAUAAUCUGCACACUCAGUAUCGUUUGUGCUAUCGCAAUGGUUUUUUUGUCAGUUCACCUAUCGAUGAUAGAGCAGAAAUUAUAUCCAAAGAACUUAUCCAAAUAUCUCAUACUUAAGCAUAACACAAGCGACUGGGAUAUUUCUAGACAAUAUAACGAUCCAACACUACCUAGUUACAAAAUAGAUGUCGAUGCAAACGAAUCCGGAAAUGAUUUGAGCAAAUUAAUAAAGGAAGAUUCCCCAGCAACAAAACAUGAGAACUUAUUCUACCUUAAGUCUAAAGGUCCAGUCGUACUUCUUAAGCUUUUUGAGAUAACUUGCUACACAUUCUUGAUCAUCCUCUCUCUUUGGGUGUAUCUUAUACAACAACACAGUGAAACUUGGUUGACUACCUUCCGUGUCGGUAAUGCCAUAAUGGGAGGUUCUCUGUUAGUAAUAUCUGGUCUAGUUCCAAAGGUAUUUUAUUCCCUUAUUGUGGUUAGCAAGACCGGAAUGAUGGUAGACUUGAAUACCUUGUCAACGGUUUGGGAAUCUCACAAAUCUAACAAUACUAGGCACGCAAUUGAGUUGAUCGAUGCCCUAAAUUUGGAUUCUGUAGUUUCUUCAAUUACUAGAAACGGUGAUACUUACUGGAGGCAUUUAUUGGCAAAAUUUAGAACAUCUCCACUUGCAAUACAGAAGCAAAUAUAUGAAAUGUGGAACGCACUAGAUAAUAAAGGAAGAGGUGUGAUUGAUAUGCCCCAAAUUUUACGCUUCAUUUCCUCUCAAGGCAUAAAAACUUCACCAAAGAAACGAAUAAGGGAUUUCGUAAAGGUAUUCACAAGAGAGCAACCGUAUAAACUGAAUGAAGAAGAGUUUUUGGUAAUGGGCUUGAUAAUAAAGCAAAUUAUUGUCAUUCCACUUGACCGAUCCCAAAUGAAGUUACUUUUCGAAGAUGUGUAUGGAAUACCAUGGACAUCUCCGUGCGGAAUGGAUUCGGAUAGUCUCCAAAAGAUACUCAAACACCUUGGAAUAAAAUGGAGCGAAGGGGACAGAAGACACCUGCUGGACUUUUUGAGUGGUGGCAAUUGCGAUGGAAUGUCAGCCGAGAGUUUUAUAGAAAGAUUGGCAUCAGUAGAAGAGUUAUUACAACCUACUAACUACAACAAUUUGGUGUCUGAGGUAUAA